CAAUUUUUUUGGCACGUCACAGCCGCGUCAUCAUGUCUCCGUGUCUGCUUUUAUCGCUUGGGAUUUAAUUUAUUCGGCAUUAUCACAUCUUAUCGAAACGUUUUUAUGUGGACUGUAAAGUUAAGACUGUUAAGAAAAUAAAAUUUAAGAUGGAGUUGUUAAGGCAGAUGUCCCAUACACAGUUCCUGUUUCCCGCAGCAGCUGUGGCAGUUGUUCUAGUGUGCGCUGCUCUUGUAUUUAUAUUCGGUUUCCACACGGCCGAGCAGCCGCAGUUCGAUAAGUUACCACUGGUUGUCGAUGACAAGAAGUCCACCAACAAGAAAAGGAAAACCAAGGAAAAGAAAACUUCUCCUAACCGUGUGUCAAAUGAUGAUGCGAAAUCAAAGAGUGAAACUGCCAAGAAGUCACCAGCAAAGGAGAAAAAGGAAGAGAAAGUAAAAGAUGUUGAAAAGCCCAAGCCCAAGGAGAAGGUUGAGGUUAAAGUUGUUAAAAAGGAAGCCCCUGCUGAAGCUAGAAAAGGAAAGAAGAAGGCUGCAGUUGAGACUGAGAAGCCGGCUGAUUUUGAUGACGGCCUGUGGGAAGAGGUGCCAAAAAAGAGUGAUAAGAAAAAAGUGAAAGGCCCUGAAGAGAAAGAAAAGAAGGAAAGCCCUUCUAAGAAGAAUAAGAAGAAAGUGAAAGAAGCAGAUGUUGAUGUCACCCAGCCGGAACAGAAAGAAACAACUGUUGAGACCAUCAAGGUGUUGAGCGCAGAGGGCCCGGAUGUUGAUGAGGACUCGGCUAGAGCUUUGCAGGCUCAAGUUGAAGAGCUACAAAGAGUCCUUAAGGAGGCUGAAUUGCGUGACCAGGGCCUGUUGGGCACCACAGAUGAAGAUGAAACCACAGAGAAUGAACUGACUGAAGUCAAGGAUCUCAGAAGCAACAAGAAGAUGGAAAAUAAAGAGAAGCAGAACAAGAAGAAGGCUAGUGAGGCAAGUGCUGUAGCUAAAGCUGCAAAGGCUGAAGAGAUGGAGAGCCCUGAUACCUCAGAGAAACAAGAAGACAAACCGGCCGGCCCAGUGUUUGACGAGCUUGGAGAUACUUGGACAGACGCUAAAGUAGCUAAAAAGGGCAAAAAGAAGGCUCGCAAAGAGUGAAGUGUUACAGGGUCUGGGGGCGCUGCCCCUCGCUAGCUCAAUGCAAUCACAUCACUCGUAAAACUACAAAAUGCGAACACAGAUGACAGAGUUGCCAAAUACCCUCUUUGGUCCAUACUUCAAAAACGAUAUGCGGAUGCUUGUUAUGUAUUUGCAAAGUGAUCAAAUCUUCAGGGCUGCCUUUGAGACAUUUGUCGAUUUCCUUUGAAUCACUUUCCUUUAACACUUUUCACAAAUAAAUGUAUAUUUGCAAAAUUUAUUUGACACAGUUAAUAAUGUACGCUGACAUCAUCAUAAUUUGUUCACAUAAUAUAGAUAUGACAUGAUUGAUUAAUAAUUCUAAAAGAUUUAAUAAAGCAUAUGAGUUGUAGUUAUAGCCUUUUUGUGAUUAAUUAUGCAAUAUCUAGAAAGCAAUAUUUAUUAAUAUAAAUUAAAUACAGUCUGUGUUGAUGUUUAUAUCUUGUUAAAAAUACUAAGGAUAAUAAUAAAGGAAUGUUUUAAUUAAUUUGUCGGGCCUAAUUCAUCUAUGUGUGCUAUUUUUCUCUAUAUUAAGCGGACUGCAAUUCUAAAAUUUAUUCAAUAUAUUAUUAUUAAUGAUUAAUUAAUAAUUAAUUAUUAUUAUUGUUAUGACAUGAUACUUAAAUUUAGCUAGUAAUGAAUAUUACAAUCAGAUGAAAAAUAUUUUUAUUGAUAAUAAUUCUAUAAUAUUAUGAUUGUGAAUGUGACAUUUCAAUUGUAGUUUUAUUUAUGGUGUGAAUUUGUUUAUAAAUAUUAAGUUUUUGAAACUAUGUCUGUUCUUACACAUACUUACGUCCAUGUUUUAGUUGCAUAUUUUAUGUUAUGACUUGUUUUUUCGUAAUAAUUUAAUUAUUGUUUUUCAUUGAAGCAUAAUAGAAUUUGUUUUUAUAUGUUUAAAGAGUCAUAUUUUUUACUCGGAAUCUGCAAUACUUUUUCGGUGUUCUUACUGUACAGGGUCGGUAUUGUGUGGACGGCUAUUUUCCUGAGUUUUCAGGAAUAUAUGUAAAUGUGUGUAUCAACUGCGAUAUGUGUAGGGUCCCUAACAUAGCAUUUAUGUAGUAUAAACUAAUAAAUCUUCAUAAUAAUAAUAUUAGAACUUCUGGUGCUUGUAGUGUUAAGUGUCUUGACUCCAUUCCAUUUGUGUGUAUUUUGUCCUUUACUAACGUAUUUAAAAUUCCAUUAUAUUUACUUUCAUUAAUUGUGUUGUAUUACAGCAAAUUUGUAGACCAUGAAUUGAACCAUAGACUAAAUUAAAGUUUUUAGUUAUUGGGAAUAAACAACUAAUGCGGAUUUUCCGUCCAUAUUAUCUAUGUUUCCUUAGAAAGCUACUCGUUUUUUAUUUGUAUGUUUUAAAAAACCCACUCGGUCCUGUAAUUACAUGCUACAAAUCACUUAUAAGAAUUUCAGUAGGCACGCUCGAUAAGUAGGUGUAACAAAAAAGACAAAUUGAGAUUAUAAUAUUUAACAAAUGUAUGUAACAAAUAUAAUUCAUAUACUUACAGAAAUAUUUUGUAUACUGCCUUAAUGUGCCUGUCUUGCCUCUGGCAAGGCCGAGGCAGUAAACUUUUUUUAUAACUUCGAUGUGGAAGGUAAUAGGUGCAGUUUGAGCAAGUAUUUUCACAGGACCAUACAUACCGUUGUUAUUGGUCAAAUGUACCGAAACAUCAAUGUUUUAUUGCAGAUUCCUAACUAGUGUAAUUAGGUUUAAGUAUAAUAUAUUAAGUCCUCGAAAUAUUCAAAUUUGUGAAUUGAACACUAUUUUGAAUUUUAAACCGUUCGGAAAAUAAUAUUAUUACAAAUAAUAAUAGUAUAGGACCGACAACAUCGAUAUCAAUAGUUACGUUUCGAAUUCUUGAAGUUAUAAUAUGGGUACGUCGGCUGUGUAUGGUUUUACCAUUUCUAUAGUCGAAGGCAUGACAUGAUAAUCUAAUAAUGUAGCGCAAUCUAAAAGAUCUUGGCCCAGUUUUUUUUUUUAUUUGUUCUUUAUAGUUUUUAUACUUUCGUUCUUUAUCUUGUGAUAUCGUUACGUGUCAGAGGAUAAUUUGUAUUACUAUGCAAUAGUAAAGUUAUCUUGAGAUUUCUGUUGUAAUUGCAAAAUUCCUCUGAAUGUCUCGUAUGUCGUGGUUGUGAUUUGUGACCACUGGACAAUUGUACAUUGUUAUGUAUUUCUAUCGGGGAGUUUAUUGUAAUUUGAAGAAAUUUGUAGAUUUUAUAUUUUUCGUUUGUUUCUGUUUCUUUGAAAUUGUGCUCAGAUUUUUAUUACUUUACAUUGUACUUAGGGCCUAAAAUUUACAUUAAAAUGUAUAGAAACUCUGGUUAAUGUAGCGAGUUUUCAUUAACAAGUGCAUUAUAUCAUUGGUACGUUAGAUUUAAAGAUAUAUUUUUUGGCUUGGUAUACAUAGUUUUAUAAAAAAUUGUUCGCGGCGUUGUCGGCCGCGGAUAGAUGGAUUUAUCAUUAAUAUAAAUACUUCGUAUCUUCAGAGUGUUGUCUAUAGGCUCUCAAAGUAUAAUGAAUGUGUAAUAUAAAUAUUUUUUUAAAAUCAAUAAAGAGUGAUAUUAAUAA